GGAAAAAUACUUCAUAGUAUUACCUUUUACUAUUAGUAUUCGAAUUCUAUAUGUAAAUUUUUCCAGGAAUUCUAUAUAUAAAUUGGUCCAUCUCCCUCCUCAUAUUCCCCCAUAAAGUAAACAAACAAACUGAAACCCUCAAUUAUGAAACUCUCGUUCUCAAUCCCAUCAAAAUCAUCUUCCAAACGCAAAUUCCCAUCCCCAGUCGAAACUCCACCCGAAUCUCAAACCAACGGAACCUCCAGGCAAUUCGUAACCGAAUUCGACCCAUCAAGAACCCUAAAUAUCUCCAAACCAAAGCUCAUAAUCCCCCCUAAAGAAAACGAAUGGCGCCCCCACAAAAGAAUGAAAAACCUCGCCUUCCUCCCAUCAUUACAGCCCUCCCAUUCCACCGCUUUACAUUUCGAAAUCGCCGCCAACGUUGACGACGCCGGCGACGACACGGGCAUAUCCUACGGCCUCAACAUUCGCAACAACGACGACGGGAGUAAACCCAGCGGCGAUGAUCAGCAGCAGCAGCAGAAUGUAAGUACGGAGAAUAUGCUGUUGGGGAAGCAAAUAUAUGAUUUAGAGAGAUUUCCGGAGGAUCGGGGUUUCGAGGAGUUUACAGGCGUGCAGGUUGACGAGUUUGGCGCCGCGAUAUUGGCCGGGUAUGGAUGGUGUGAAGGGCGCGGUAUUGGUAAGAAUGCUAAACAAGAUGUUAAAGUUAAACCGUAUAGUAAAAGAACUGAUAGGGAAGGUUUAGGUUUUGUUGCUACCCCUAGGGUUAAGAACAAUGAUGUUAAGAUUAGAGACACUAUACCAAAUAGGGUUAGCGAUAGUAGUAAUAGUGAGAAUGUUAAAAGAGGAAGAGAACGGGAUGCGGGUGAUGGGGACGGGUUUUUUGUUGGUAAGGAUGUGAGAGUGAUUGCGGGUGGGAAAGAUAUUUACGGUUUAAAAGGUAGAAUCUCAAAGAGAUUGGGUGUGGAUUUGGUUGUUCUGAAGUUUGCUGAUUAUGAACGCGAUGUGGAUAUGCUUAUUUCGGGUAUUGCUGAUUUGGGUUCUAGAGAAGAAGAGAAGUGUUUAAGAAAGUUGAAGGCUUUACAGAUAGAUUCCAAGCAUAAGCAUAUUGGUGAAUCGAGUAAAGGUAGUAGGGAGAGUGUGAGGAGAGAUAAUGGUCAAGUGAGAGACGAGAGAAAACAGUGGCUUACGAAUCAUAUUCGGGUUAGGGUUAUUAGUAAGCAAUUGAAAGGGGGUAGAUUUUAUUUGAAGAAAGGUAAGGUGGUGGAUGUGGUUAGUCCGAAUGUAUGUGAUAUAUUUAUAGAUGAGACUAAGGAGCUGGUACAAGGGGUAGAUCAGGACCUUCUUGAGACUGUACUGCCUCGUCGCGGAGGUCAUGUGCUUGUACUUUAUGGUAAGCAUAAAGGGGCUUAUGGGGGUUUGAUGGAGAAGGAUUUGGACCGUGGAACUGGAGUUAUACAAGAUUCUGAUACUCGUGAGUUUCUGAAUGUGAAACUUGAGCAGAUUGCCGAGUAUUCGGGGGAUCCCAGCUACAUAGGGUAUUGAUGAAAAGCGGAGUCUGUGUAGUUCUCUCUCAAUAGGGAAGAGACUUUCGUAUUAUAGAUUAAUGUCAACUCAGGAUGAAAAGUUUUUUGUGCUUCAACUGUGUUAUUUUAAUAUGCUUGUGCUACUCUUAUUACUGACUGAAAUUAGCUUUUUUUGAGGCAUCCAGUUCUAGAUCCAUAUGAUUUUAAGCUAUGUUCACAACUAUUUUACACUCUCAGGCAAUCUCUUAAUCCA